UCAUUCUUAGCUCCAUUAACAAAACUAUCAACAAAUUUUACAAAACGAAAAAAGGAACAGUUUUUGAAGGAUUAUGCAAUAGAAACUGAAAUAGGGCAUUUUGUAUACAAUCCUGUCCACAAACCUCGUAUUCUUGAAAUACUGAAAAAUGUUCGAGAUUCAGUAACCCGCAAAACUGUUAAAAAAGUUGUUGAUAAUAUACCUGCUAUUUAUGAUAUGAUUGUUGGAGACCUUUUAACAAAAGCCAAAGUAUGGUUUCGUAAAAUAAGAAAAACAAUCGAGGAAGAACGACAAAAACUGAAAACGCUUUCCAAGCUGACAGAAAAAUCGAAAAACAUUGGAAAUGGGUCUCCGAAAGUCAGUAUCACCCAAGUUUCUUUCACUCAUAGUAAAUUUUUGAAGCUCAUUCGUUUAGAUAUGCACAACGUACAGCUAGAAUUUUUUUUAAAUGAAUGUAAUACAAAGCUUGGUCUUAACAGACAGCAAAAACUUAUUUUGAUUCAGUUUGACCACAGAAGUUUUCCAUUUUCGGAGUGCAGAAGAUUAAUGGAAGACUUGAUUUAUACUAUAAUGCACAUUAGUAAUGCAAAAUCUGACUUGUUCAAAUCAUUGACCAAUGUACGACCCCAAAUGGAAAUUUACUUUGAAUCAGAAUUGGUAUCUUCUAAAAAGAGAGGGAAAAGUGUUGCUCGAAUAUUCGAAGUAAUUUUCUUUCACAAAAUGUUUGGUCUGCAGCAAAAUCUGAGUGAAAGUCUGACAAAUCUCGAGAGGAUGGUGUUGAACGAAAGGAAGGAUCAUAUUUUAAGUCGAACGAAAGCCUAUAUCUGUGGCUUUAUCUCUAAGAUAAAUGUAGACAAUCCAUUUGCAAUUUCCAUUGUCCGUUCCUUUAAGGACAGUUUUGAUUGUUUAAAGUCUCACCACAAUCCGUUCAACGCAUUGAAACAGUUUAGUGUUUUUAUAGAGAGAAUGAAUAUACGACAAACUAAAGAAACAAUACCAGAAUUGACAUUGCUUUUAAUAUGGGUUAGAUAUUUCACUUUAGUUGGCUUUAGUAUGCAGUCGAAAUUUUAUGGAAUGAAUAACUCUGGGAAGAAAUUUCAGUUUGUCAUUCCGUCUUCAUUUUUUACUACUUCGAAAUUCAUCGAGCUAUGUUGUUUUUAUACAACAAAAUGGACAACCGAAGAAAUGAUAGGCGAAUGCAAAAUAGUGUCAAAUAGCGACGCUAUAUCAGAUUGUUUGGUAAAAAAUAUAGAGAUAAUGGCUGGAAUUAGAGGAAAUAUCAAUAUCAUUAGAAUAGUAUUCAAGCGUCUGGAUGAAUAUCUAAAAGUACAGGAUUCGACCGGACAAUUAAUGACAGAUGAUGAAGCUCUGUCAUCAAUUAUUGACAUGGCAGAAGAUGUUAUAUCCUUGAUAUGGUAUACAUCAUUAAUAUGGGAGAAGGCUUAUCCUACAAACUUGAAUCUUUGCUUCUGAAGGAAUUUGCUCUUUUAAAACGUUAUGAAACAUAUCCCAAAAACAUUUCUGAAGUUAUAUAUGGAAUACAGCAUUCUACGGGUAUUGCAGAUAUCUGCAUGUGUGUAAACAAUUUACUAAAGCAAAGAGGAGAUGGCUUGACAAAAUGUGUAUGGGAAAAUCAAAAGAAACGUAUUUCAAAAGUCGAAAUUGAGUCUGUCUUUAAUACUAGAGAGGGUUUUUUCCUUCCACGAACUAUUACAAUUUUAUCAGAUCCUACUCUGUCUGUUGAAGAAACAAACGAGGAAAUUCAAACAAUACAACAAGAAAUUGAAAUCGACGAGGAAGAAAUCAAAACAGUUCGUAAAGAUCAUGUGACAGUCGAAAAGAAAAAAAAUAAAGAUUUCAUAUUGCAAACAUUGAAGGCUAAUGAAAACCUACAAUCUAAAGUGACUAUUGGGUACGAAGAAUUUUUAGAGGAUCCUUUUUUUCCUGUUUUGUCUGUAAAUGAAGCAGCCUGUGACGUGUGUGGCUGUACUUUUGAAUGUAUCGGUGACGACGAGGAAGAAGACGGUGCUGGAAUAACCACAAAUCAUGAGCGUGCUCAUGAAAGUCCGUCAUCACCAACUGUUUCAAUGAGUUUGAAAUCAAUAGCUGGAUCUCUGUCUUCCACAACGGAGGAAAAUUUACCAGUUGCAACAUCAACAAAAGCUCAAUCUCGCAUACCGAAUGAACGACUUGUCGAUUUCGCUUCAAGUCAUUCUCCUCAAAAUAUGUCACAGAGAUCAAUUUCGUUGGAAUCAGAGGAGAAUAAAUAUUUUGUAAGGUCUUUGUCAUCGACCUCUGACGAUCAAGCACUAUUGACCAUACAAUCAUUCGAAGAACAUUCCAAAUCCCUUUCUCAUAAGACAAAAAUGAAACAGGUACAGAUAUUUUAUGAAGAUUAUAAGAAGAAUAUAAAACCCGGUCUAGAAAAAAUUCGUCAGUUCAUAACAAAAUACGAAUUGUCUUCCGGCGAUAUAAGUGAAAGGUAUGGGGAAGAUGAAAUCAGAAUAAGCGAACUGCUUACACGUUUUGAGGAAUGUAACACAGAUUUAUCUGAAAUGAUAAAAUCAAAACAAUGGAAGAUAACAAAAGCUGUAGAGAAAAAGUUGCAACAACUUGUACAGCUUAAAUCUAAAUUGAGAGACAGUGUGAAAGAAUUAUCCAGUGUAAAGCUUAAGACCGAUAUUGCAGAACCAAACAACGAUAUAGUUGAAUUAGAAUACAAACCGCAGAACGAAAAGAAGAAACGAAGAAAUAAAGGGAGAGGAAAGAAGGAUUGGCGCAAAAUUGACGUGAAUUUUGUUUAGUACUCUUUGAGGACCGUUUCAGUAUUUUGUCAAACUGUGAAAUGAACUUUAUAUGAAGGAUACAUCAUACAUAUCCAGGCGCUGCGACAUUCUUAAUUUUAUAGAUACUAGUUUAUAUUCUUUCCUUUUUUAUUACUUAGUGUUCAUGACAUGUAAUAUGAGAGAGGUCUUUUUAUAUAAUCAUGGUAGUCAGUCAUUUAGUAUUGUUUUUCCACUGCAAAUGA